CUCUCUCGAUUGUAUUCUCUUCUUAUUCGGCUCUGAGGUAACAGACAAUCCCUCUUCGUUGCCUCCGUUCUGUGAUUUUCCUUCUGAAUCAAAACCCUUAAACCCUAAAAAGAAAAAGUUCGUAAAAUGGCGAAACAGAAAACUCAGACUGAUUCUAACAAGAGUAACAGUAAGAAGAAGAAGAAGGUUACUUCCAAAAAACUUCUAUCUGGUCCAAACACAGUAUCCAUGAAAUCCAAAGCUCCUCUGGAUAAUCCGUUCGAAACAAUCUGGUCUCGUAGGAAGUUUGAUGUCAUGGGAAAGAAACGUAAAGGUGAAGAAAAACGUCUUGGUCUGUCUCGUACUCGCGCCGUUGAGAAGAGGAAAAAUACUCUCAUCAAAGAAUUUGAGCAAAGUGGCAAGUCUUCUGUUUUUGAGGAUAAACGAAUAGGGGAAAAAGAUAAUGAACUCGGGGAGUACGAGAAGGCUCUUCUUCGUUUCAAGCACGAGCGGCAGUUAAAGGUGAACAAGAAAAGCAAAUAUAACUUGUCCGAUGGAGAAGAAGAUGACGAUGAAUUUCAUGGUGCUGGUGCAUUUCCAGGGAGGGAUGAUUUUGAAGAUGACAUUCCACUAGAUGAUGAAGCCGAUGAGACAAAGAAAUUAUCCAUUCAAUUUGGUGCACAUAAUGUGCAAUUUGAAUCAGGACUGGAUCGGGAGGAUAGUGGUAAAAAAAGCAAGAAAGAAGUAAUGGAGGAGGUUAUGUUAAAGAGCAAGUAUUUCAAGGCCCAAAAGGCAAAGGAUAAAGAGGAGGACGAAGAGUUGUUGAAAAAAUUAGAUGAUGAGUUUGCAGCUUCUCGAAGUUUGCUAGAAAUGACUCAACCAGGAAAGCGUAAUGCUUUGAAUGCCCUCAUGGGCAAUUCAAAACAAUCACUAGAGGAAGAUAAACUAACUGCUUCGACGAAGAGAGAACCUAUCCAACAGGAAAAACCUGAUGAGUACGACAAGCUUGUUAAGGGGAUGGCUUUGGAGAGACGUGGUCGUCCAUCAGACAGGACAAAGACCCCUGAAGAAAUAGCCCAGGAAGAUAGAGAGCGUCUUGAGCAAUUGGAGGAGGAACGCCAAAAACGGAUGGAUGGAACGGAUGAUUCUGCUGAUGAAGACAGUGAUGAUGAUCAUGAAGAUUCAAUUAAAACCUCAUCCCAGAAACUAAGGUCUAUAUCCGGGGAUGAUCUUGGAGAUUCCUUUUCUAUUGAUGAAGAAGUAGGCCAUAAAAGGGGUUGGGUUGAUGAUAUAUUAGAAAGGGAAGGUCGCACUAUUGAGGAUGAUGAUAGUGCAUCUUCUGAGGAAGAAGAUGGAGAUGGAGAAGAAAGUGAAGAAGAAGAUGGAAGUGAUGAAGUUAAUGUUAAAACUGGGAAAAGUAAUUCCAUACAGGAUUGGGAGCAAAGCGAUGAUGGUGACGAUCUUAGUAUAGAUUCAGAAGAAGAUAAUAAUGAUGAAGGUGAAGAAACAGAGGGUAGUGAGGAGAUGGAAAUUUGUGCCAAACCAAAAACUAAGAAUCAGAUAGCAAAUCCUUUAAUUGUUAACAAAACUGAACUAAGUGUUAAUCAGCCUCAAACCAAACAAGAGCCCCUUCCCUUUGUGAUUGAAGCACCAAAAACCUUCUCAGAGCUCUCUAACUUGCUGGAGAACCGGUCGGGUGUUGAAAUUAUUGAGGCAAUAAAUCGGAUACGUGCUUGCAACGGAGUGAGGCUUGCUGUAGAAAACCGAGAGAAAAUGCAGAUCUUCUAUGCCAACCUAUUGAUGUAUUUUGCUACCCUAGCAAGCAAAAAGCCUCUAAAUUUCAAGUUAUUGAAUUUAUUGGUCAAGCCCCUUGUGGAGAUGAGCAUGGAUAUCCCAUUUUAUGCAGCUGUUUGUGCUCGUGAACGUCUACGUCGUACUCGUGAACUGUUCUGCAGAGAUAUUACUAAUCCAGAGAAAAGCUGUUGGCCCUCCUUGAAAACAUUGUGUCUCUUAAGGCUGUGGUCCAUCACAUUUCCAUGUUCGGACUUCCGUCACGCAGUCAUGACACCAGCAAUGUUGUUAAUGUGUGAAUAUUUGAUGCGCUGUCCAAUAACGUCAGGCCGAGACAUCGUCAUAGGAUCCUUCUUAUGCUCCAUGGUUCUCUCGAUUGCCAGACAAUCCAAGAAGUUCUACCCAGAGGCUCUAAUAUUUCUACGAACUGUGCUAAUAUCGGCUUUAAAGUCAGGAAAAAAGUUGCCUUCUAACUUGCAGGUUUCUUAUUUAUCGGAACUCAAAAUGCUCAAGCCCUGGUUGCGGUUAAGUGAUAAUAUAUCUGAGGUGCAUGCUCUAGAUUUUCUCAGAGUUAUAGACAACACCGACGAUUCUCCAUUUUUCAGCUCUGAUAAUUUCAGGGCUAGCGUACUUGUAUCAGUGGUGGAAAAUCUACAAGGUUUUGUUCAAGUGUACGAGGGAUAUAAUUCUUUCCCUGAAAUAUUCAUGCCAAUUUCUACUUUGCUAAAUGAAGUGUCAAAACAGAAUCAUAUACCAAGUCAGUUACAGGAUAAGAUUAAUGAUAUCACUAAGUUGAUAGAAACAAAAGUAGACGAGUAUCACUUGCUGCGUCAACCUCUUCAAAUGCGAAAGAAAAGGCUUGAGCCAAUCAAACUGCUCAAUCCCAAAUUUGAGGACAACUAUGUGAAAGGCAGAGACUAUGAUCCAGACCGUGAACGGUCUGAGAUGAAGAAGUUGAAGAAGCGGUUGAAACGGGAGGAGAAAGGAGCAGCUAGUGAACUCAGGAAGGAUAAUAAAGCCUUGGCUGAGGCAAAACUGAAGGCUAUAGCAGUGGAGAAACAAGAAAGAGCUGAGAAAGUAGGAAAGACAAUGGCCUUCCUUCAAGAACAACAACAUGCAUUUAACUCUGGGGCGUUGGGUGGCAAAGGGAAGAGAAGGAGAUAAGUCGAAAAUUGACACAAUAAUAUACAGGCCUCAUCUUAUUUGCAUGGGUAUGUAUAUUUAUUUUUUUCUUUCAGAUUUUUACUGUUGUUAAAGACUCGAGGUAAAGAUAUUCCUGUACGCAUGGAUACCCUUGAUAUUGUAUUCAGCGUUGGACGUAUUAAGCGGUUUUGUGAUUGGGUCAUAUUGUUUCUUUAACUACGUUCUGUAUACCCUUUUGUUAAAAGAUGGACAAAGAUAUUGACUUCUAUUUGCUUGAAAUAGGUCAUGAGGUAUGAUGAACAGAAGGUUGUAAAAUUUAAUGACUAGAAACUGCACAAUGUUACAGAGCGGCUGUCUUGAGUUUUCAAUAUUAUCAAGUGAACAUGGUAUUUGUUUGAUGAUGUAACUUGAUACCA